AUGGGUGCGUCUUCUAUGGGUGCCUCGACGUUGGAUCCCUCAGCGUUGGGGCACGAGUGGGAAGAGUCUGCUGAUUUAUUCUUGACAGGUGGGGGCAAGUCGUAUUUGGCGCUGAGUGGGGACAAGUGGUUGGAGGAUUGCGAGGAAGCGGACGCGCGGAAGAUCUUUGUGGGAGGUUUGCCGGAUAUCACGCCAUUGGAGUUUGCCAAGUAUUUCGAACACUUCGGUGAAGUGGCUGACGCGAUGAUUAUGUAUGAUCGCAAGAGGCGACGGCAGCGUGGGUUCGGCUUUAUUACAUUCGCCUCCGAUGAAGGAGUGCGGAACGCACUCGACAUUAGCAGACACCCCGUCAAGGGGAAAGUCGUCGAAGUUAAGAAGGCACACCCCCUCGUUCUCCAGAGCGAACGAGUACCCGCGAAAAAGGAACGAGACGCUGAACUUCUCCGCCGAGAAACCGUCUCUGAACACUACACCUUCACAGCCAUGGACGAAACGGCCUGCGCCUCUUUCCCCAGCGCAGGCCCUGGUCCUGGCCCAGGUUGCAACCCCGCCGGCCCGCCCCAAACGUAUGAGUCCCGCUACCCUGAAGCGCCCUGGAACACAUCCUGGCUCAGUCAACGCUAG